GGAGAGAAAUUAAAAGAAUAGACGUUUGAUGUAGUAAUUUUAUAAUAAUCUUAUCAUUAAAUCAUCGUCAAACUCGUAAAAUGCCGUUCUAAUUCGUCUGCAGUGUUUGGUAAUUUAUUGAUGCAAGCAAUUAGGGGAAGUCACUCUGAAGUUAAAAUUACACAGUCUAGAAGAUAGCUUGUUCGGGUCAAAAAAGAGAAUGACAGUCCAUUUUGUAAGAAAUAAAAACAAAAAUGGGCGAUGAACAUCUUCCCUCUACUAUCAGAAAACUUACAGCAUUGCGUGCGAGCACCAAUUUUCGGGAAAUAAUUUCUUUGGAAACGUUGCCCACCCCUAAACCUGGAGAUGGAGAGUUAUUGGUGAGAAACAGGUUUGUUGGCAUAAAUGCAUCUGAUAUGAUGUGGGCUGCAGGAAAAUAUGAUCCCACAUGUAAAUAUCCUCUGGACAUCGGUUUUGAGGCUGUAGCCGAGGUUGUGGAAGCUGGUCCAAAUGCCAUUUACAAACCAGGACAACCAGUUAUGUACUUACAGUUUGGUGCCUUCUGUGACUACAAGAUUGUUAAAGCUAGUGUCUGUGUACCAUUACCCGAGGUGAAAGCAGAGUAUCUUUCUUUUAUAUUGAGUGGAAAUACAGCGGCAAUAUCAUUAGAUAAGGUUGGAGAAAUCAAGUCAGGUGAAACAGUAUUGGUAACUGCUGCUGCAGGAGGUACUGGCCAAUUGGCUGUUCAAUGGGCCAAAUUAAAGGGAUGUCAUGUGAUAGGUACAUGUUCUUCUGAAGAUAAGAUACAAUUUUUAAAGUCAAUAGGCUGUGAUAGACCAGUGAACUACAAGACAGAGAAUCUUGGAGACGUUUUGAAAACCGAAUAUCCAAAAGGUGUAGAUGUUGUUUUUGAAACCAUGGGAGAACACAUGCUUGAUACCUGUAUUGAUAACUUGGCUGAACGUGGAAGAUUGAUUAUUAUAGGUUAUAUUGAAAGAUAUGAGUCCGAUAAAGGUUAUGAACCAUCUCAUACAGUUGCUACGUUAACAGCCAGGCUCUUAAAAAUAUCUGCAAGUGUGCGAGGAUUCUAUUUGAAGAAUUUUGCUGAAGAUUUUGUGUCCUAUGUCACAAAACAGAUACAGUAUUACAAGGAAGGGAAACUGAAGAGCUUUGUUGACAUGGGAGAGAAGGAAUCAGCUGGGCUGUUUGUUGGUUUAGAGAAAAUUGCAGAUGCUGUUGAGUAUUUGUAUUCCAAGAAAAGUAUCGGAAAGAUUGUAGUGGAUGUGAGUUCGAAACUCUAAUGUAUGGCAAUGGACCAUAAAAUGGACAAAACUUCGGCUAAAACUGCCAGAACAACUUUCAUCAAAGUCUGAUUAACAUACAGACAUUAAAAUUUUGUUAUACAUAUACAUUGUGUAUUAUGUCAUUCAGGCAUUCUUUUAACUAUGUUUUCUUGUAUAUAUGUUUACAAAUAAUGAAAGAUUCAUUAGGUAAGUGAGACACACAUGUUAUAUUCAUUGAAUCCAAUUAAAGCAGGAAUGGAUAUACAUGUUGAAACCUUAGUGCAGUAACAGGUUAAGUCCUUCUAAAUUUGAAA